AACUGUACAGACAGGACUCUAAAGUUAGAACCUCCUGAUUUUUCACAAGGAAAAUCAAAGAGACAACAAAAUCAGAAGGAAAAAAUAUGAAUCAGGAGCUGAUUUUUUAAAGGAAUAGAUGCUGGACUGGAGGUUGGCAAAUGCACAUUUUAUCCUGGCUGUGACAUUGAUGCUGUGGAGCUCAGGAAAAGUGCUCUCAGUGGAUGUAGCAACAGAGGCUUUUGACGCUGGAAUCAGAGAUGUGCAGUCAUCACCCACAGCCAGGGAAGAUAAAUCAGCAGCUGAUCUGGCAGCAAAACUCAUGCUUCUUGAUGAACUUGUGUCUCUGGAGAAUGAUGUGAUUGAAACAAAGAAGAAAAGGAGCUUCUCUGGUUUUGGGUCUCCCCUAGACAGACUCUCUGCUGGCUCUGUGGAUCACAAAGGUAAACAGAGGAAAGUAGUAGAUCAUCCAAAAAGGCGAUUUGGUAUCCCUAUGGAUCGGAUUGGUGGAAACCGGCUUUCAAAUUCCAGAGGCUAAUUGAUUCCAUUUAUGUGACUUCCUUGGGUGAAAUGUCACAGAAACAUAGAAGAUGCUUCAGAAGUUCUUCACACUCCUUAAUGAUUAAACUUUUAAGGAACUGGCCUUCUGCAAACUCUUUCCAAAGCUUGAACUUAGGUCCAUCACAUCGCAGUAUUGUUACAGCUUCAAGUAAAUUAUGCAGAUCAUUUCAAUGCAUGGAUAUUUUUUAAAUAUGCAUUUUAGUUUUGCAGGAAUGGUUACUUGGCCCCAAACCUGACUUAUCUAAGAAACCAUCAAAAAACACAAUACAGUGAAAUACUAUCUAUAUACAUUUACCAUUUGCAUUUAUGCAGUUAAAGAAUAACUGAAGACUAAUUUGUUUCUGUAAAGUUUAGGUGCAAUCUGUUCAUUAUUGGGGAACAUAAAAAUGCUGUGUGUUUUUUCUCAAAUGCUUUCACUUCUUUCUUAUCUUUGGUCUGUGGGCCUCUUGGGUAAUAAUUAUGAAAUUAGACUUCUCAUAUUAUAUUCAAAUUUUAGUUAUUUUCAAUCAAAUAAAACUCAGCUCCAGUUCUAGAAAUAAGUGAAAAAAAAUUCUCUGAGCAAAGAAAAAAUAGCAGUAAAUAAGCCCAUAAAGUUAAGUCUCCCAAAGUACUGCAGGUGAGAGCAUAUUGACUUGGAGUUAGGCAGUAAAGGAGAUUACUCAUUUGCCAAGCUUGGAUAUCUUGUGUCCCCUAAUAACUUCCAUUUCUCUCAGUUACAACUGAUAGUUAAUUAAGAGCAGCAGUGGCUGAUUAUAAGGAGAAUUACACACAGAAGUAGCAGAUGUAAGUAUGGGAAAGUCAAAGAAUAUUUAGUACACUACAGGAACAGUCUGGGGCUGGAUAAAUACACAGAAUUUUAGCACAGUAAGUGAUCGCUGUUUUUUAAAAUAUGUUUUUACUGAUUUUUAGAGAGAGAGGAAAGGAGAGGAAUAGAGAGAGAGAA